AUGGCUUUCCACUUCCAGCGGCUUUGCUUCUUCCCAGCUCUUCUCGCGGUGGUUCUCCACCUCCUGCAUGGCGUCACCGGCCAACUUGUUGUGGUUGAGGAACCUAUUUCUGCUCCUCCGCCUCCAUUGGUCGACCUAGACAGUGGUUAUAGUCUUGUGCCGGCGCUGUUUGUCUUCGGAGACUCUCUCAUAGACAAUGGGAAUAACAAUAACAUACCUUCUUUUGCUAAAGCCAAUUAUUUCCCUUAUGGCAUUGAUUUUAAUGGCGGUCCGACCGGUCGCUUCUGCAAUGGCAAAACUAUGGUCGAUGGGAUUGCUCAACUUUUGGGGCUGCCGUUGAUUCCGGCGUUCUCCGAAUCUCCCGGAGAUCAAGUGCUUCGUGGUGUCAACUACGCUUCCGCAGCCGCCGGGAUUCUCCCUGACACCGGAGGAAACUUCGUGGGGCGCAUACCGUUCGACCAACAGAUUCAUAACUUCGAGACAACGUUAAAUCAGGUUGCGAGCAAGUCCGGUGGUGCAGUGGCCAUAGAGGACUCGGUGGCUCGAAGCUUAUUCUUCAUCGGAAUGGGAAGCAACGACUAUCUCAACAACUACUUGAUGCCUAAUUUCCCUACUCGUAGCCAAUACAACGCCCAACAGUUCGGCGAUCUCUUAGUUCAACAUUACACCAAUCAGCUCACCACACUGUAUAAUCUCGGUGGUCGGAAAUUUGUAGUGGCCGGACUUGGAAGAAUGGGAUGCAUCCCGAGCAUUCUAGCUCAAGGAACCGAUGGUAAAUGCUCGGACGAAGUGAACCAACUUGUUCUUCCUUUCAACACAAAUGUCAAAACAAUGAUCUCUAAUCUCAACCAGAAUCUCCCGGAUGCUAAAUUCAUUUACCUCGAUAUCGCUCAAAUGUUCGAAGACAUCAUUGCUAACCCAACAACUUAUGGUCUUACAACUUUGGACAAGGGAUGUUGUGGGAUAGGUCGAAACAGAGGACAGAUCACUUGUCUUCCCUUUGAGACGCCUUGUCCAAACAGAGAUCAGUAUCUUUUUUGGGACGCUUUUCAUCCUACGGAGAAAGUUAAUCUCAUAAUGGCUAAAAAAGCGUUUGCUGGUGACCGCACUGUCGCGUUUCCUAUCAACAUUCGGGAAUUGGCUAGUCUCAAUUAG